CGUAGAUAUAAUUACUUUAGUGUUGUGUUUAUGUUACGCCCGCGUGGUCGCUAUUCGUUUAUUACCCGCACGGCAAAAUUCGUAAUUCUACAUAAUAUUAUUAUACUCUUUCAUACUAGCUAUUUAUAACCUUUGCUGAGUCAAUAGUGGGUUUAUUUUUAUCUAGGUUUUCUCAACUGGCUCAUUUAACCUUGUGAAUUGUGACUUUGGUCAGAGUAGAAACAUGACGGACAGUGAGAGUAGCCGUCGCGGUCAGCUUCACAAUCACCGAGUAAAGAUGGAGAAAAUCUUCCAGCAGGUGACCAGAAGACAUGUGCGAAUCAAACGGAGAGAAAGAAGGGACAAUAACUCUGUUCUUAAUAAAGUGCUGCAGGAAUUCUUGAAUAUAAUGCGUAAAUGUGAUAGCUUAUUCAGUAGCAUGAACCCAAAGUUAGAAUAUUUAGGAAGCUACUUUGAUGGAAUGCGCGUCGGCCAACCAACAGAAUACGAUAUAAAUGUUAUUCUAACUUUUCACGUUAACUAUAGUAAAAUUGAAUUAGAUGCCCGUGACAACCAAAAUGGUUACACGAGUAUAAUAAUGCCUGAAGAGUUUCGCAGACUAUCAAAAACCCCAGCUACCGCCAUUAAAGGCUUCAAAAAGACUGAAAUCUGGUGCGACCGAUCACAUCGUCUUUUGGUAACUGGUUUCAGAUCCUGGAUGCAAAGCGUAGUAGACGCCGCGCUCGAUACAUUACCGCAAGAAGAUGGCAAAAGAAUUUUAAAAGUACAAAAUAAAUACUUCAAGAUAUUAUACAAGAUGUCUGGCCCUGCUAAUACUAUCAAGAUAUAUGUGGAGGACGAUUAUGUUAUAGAUGUCGAUUUAGUACCAACUUUAGCCUUUGAACUUCCUAAGAAACCUUUUAAUUCCAAAAUAGAUUUCAACAAAGUCAAGCAGACAAAAAAAGCUCAUUAUUUUGCAGUACCAAAGCCGAGUGAUACUAAUUUUAGCUGGAGGUUGGCUUUUCCCUAUCAGGAAAGAUAUUAUACGGACAAUACUAACAACCUUAAAGGUGCAUUGAAACUCUUGAAACUAUUUAGAGAUGUCCAAGGAUUUAAUAAGUUAGCUAGUUAUUUCAUAAAGACAUUAUUUUUAUGGGAAGUUGUAGAAAACGAUGAUAAAUUUUGGUCAAAGAAUUCUUUAACAUUUUUGGUAAUUCACAUGUUAAAAAAAUUAAGGGACGCCUUGGCAUUGGGAAUUAUUAAGAACUUUUGGUGCUCUGAUCACAAUCUCCUAGAGAAAAUAAAAAAAGAAACAUGUCAAAAUUGGAGUAAUCGAAUUUCUAAUAUAGUUGAUGAUAUCGAAAGAAAUGUCGCUGAUCCAUACAUUGUAUUGAAGUACUUUGUCGCUUCAUAUGAACUUAAUAGAUCAUCCUCCGAGCCUUUUUCCCAAACUAUGUUGGGGUCGGCUUCCAGUGCAUAUGAACUUAAUAGAUAUUAGAAAAAUAUGACUACCCUCCAGCUUGCGAUCUAUAUAACAUUAUUAUGUUGAAUUUAAUUAGAUAAUUAAUUUAUUAAAAUGUACCUCUACGGUAUUAGUGUUAGUAAAAUAAUUAUGAUUAAUUUAACCAAUAGUUACUUUAUCUACUGAUUUAUGUAUUUAAGACUAGAAUAAUUAGACUUAACUUUUAUGAAGCAACUCUGUCUCUAGUAAGUUAAAUCGUUGUAAGAUGAUAAGUUGUACUACAUUAUUGAUUAGUAAAUAUACCUAUACUUUUAUAAACACAA